AAUUUCUCUGUUGGUUAUCAAUUUAUAAUUUAUCACUAGUGAUAUCACAUUUUAGAAUUUCUGUACGUCGCUGAUAACGAAUAACGGUGGAUACUGGAAUCCGUUGAGUAAAGGAAUGUCACUUAUAAUACCGUAUUGAACAUACCCAUAGAUCUUAUAUUUUUCUAUUCGUAUAACUAGCCAUAUCACGACUGUUAUUAUUCUAUGGUUAUUCUAACAUCAAUACUUCAAAAAGUAGCAAUCACAGAAUGCGGCAUAUGCUUUAGUAUAGAAACCAAAAAAUUCUUUUUCAUCGUGAGUUCUAACCUAACCUUUUUGUGUUUGUUGUAAAAUACAUAUUUUCACUUUUCAGAUUUCUGUCCGUUUGAAAAAUUACUUUCUACUAAUUUUAUAAUACUACUGAAGUUAACAACAUAAUACAAUUAUUAAUAAUCAUGUCUUAUCAAUUGUACAGAAAUACAACACUUGGAAAUACUCUUCAAGAAAGCAUCGAUGAAAUGAUUCAGGUAAAAUUGUUCAAACAAAAAUAAUUAUAAAAAAUAUUGUAUUUUAAUAAUAUUUCAGUUUGGUCAAAUAACACCAACUCUUGGUAUGAAAAUUCUUCUGCAGUUUGACAAAGCGAUAAAUAAUGCAUUAGCCACACGUGUGAAAUCUAAAAUUACGUUCAAGGUAAAUAAUUUUUAUAUUUGAACAUGAUCUACACCUUAGAAGUCUCAACAUUACCAUUAUUACCAUUCCAUUAGUCUCUACAUCAUAUACCACUUAAAAUUACACAAUGUGUCAAAUUGUAAGAGAUCAAGAAUCAAAUUUCGGGAAGUUAUCGUCUAGCUACACAACAACAUGUUAUUGUUAAAAAGUGCGUAAUAAACAUAUUUGGUUAGGACCCCAGGGUAUAAAUGUUAGUCGCCAUCUUUUCAGACAAGUAAUAAACAAUAAAUAUACGUUAAGAAUUGUGUUUAACAUUUCUGAUUUUGAUCUUAGGUUACCUGAACUUCAGUUCAAAACGGUUGCCCGCAACAGUGUAAAAAAAAUUAAUUUAAUAUUAGAACAAGCAAAUUCUAAAAACGUUUUAUCAUAGAAAGAAAAUACUAAAUACUUCACAUUAUGAUCAUUUUAAAAAUUAAAAUGUAAAUCUUAUAAAUUGUUAUGUGAUACAGUUAUUAGAUAAAAUGUAACAUUCCAAAACUAACAUCAACGGUUUAUCAGAAACCAAAUAAAGUUUUAAAACAAAAUAAAAAUAAAUUUUGUAAGUUUUACAUUUUUUUUCAUUGUCUCUACAAACAUCAACAAACCAUUCACAUUUUAGUAUUUUACUUUUGCAUUUAUAAACAAUAAUCUAUGAGUUACCCAUACAUAUGUUGCUAUGUGUUAUUCUUUCGGCUGUGCUAAGUGUGGUGUGGUAAUCCAUUUUAAGUACACAAUUUCUUUAGCUUAUUGAUAGAUUGCAAGCAAAAACUGAAAUGUUGAAAAAUUAGGUUUUAACAUUUUUCCAAUAAGUAUAUUUAUAUUAUCCUUGUUACAUCUUCUAUUAUCAUAAUUUACUUUUGUCUUUUUUUAAACUAUUGAUUAUACAAUAACGAUUUUUCUACUAAAUAAUUAUGAACACUCAUUUAUUUAAUAUCUAUUAACUUGUUAUUAAUUUUUCCUUUAUACAUAUUGGUUAUUAGAUGGUUUUAACGAUAGUGUAUUAGGUUAUUGAAAUAAUAACAGUUAUAAUUAUAUUAUAUUAUUAUUUUUAAGUACAUUAAUUGUUAAUAAACUAUUAAAACAAAUAAUGUAUGUUAAAAUUAUUCAUUUAUAAUAAUAUAAUUACUUACCUAGUACCUAUAUGUAUUGGUUAGUAUGUGAUCUAUUGUGCUACACUGAAUUUUUUUUUUCAGUUAACAAAAAAUAGCUUUAAGUAUAACAACUAUGAGUUAAAUUUUAAAUUUUAACUCGUAGUUAUGACUUCAUGAAUUAACUUCUACAUUUUCAUUAUUCAACAAGAUAUAACAACAAAUUUAUGAUUUGUUCAUAAAUUGUGAUUAUUAUCUAUUACAUCUCUUUUCAUUGAAAAUUCCUGGGGGAUUCCGUUACAGAUAACUUAUUUCUCAUUUACAGUUAAGAUUGAAGAUAAAAUUAUAUCUAUAUCUAGAUAAAACACAACAUUGGUUAUAUUAUGGCUACAUAUUUAUAGUUGGCAUUAGGCAGUCAAAUUUUCUGUACCAUCUGUAAAACUACAACUGGGCAUGAUAAUAAUUAACAAAUAAAUAAUUCUAGUCAACUGUAAUAACAUUUAUACUCAAUUAGUCAAUUGUUCUUUUAUUCUUUGUACACAUAAUUUGUAUACCAUCUACAUAUUUUUUUUUUAAUAUGAAUUUGUUAUUUUUAGGCUGGAAAAAUGGAUACAUAUAGGUUCUGUGAUAAUGUUUGGACGUUUAUGUUGAGUGAUGUUGAAUUUAAAGAAACACAAGAAAUGGUUAGAGUUGAGAAGCUUAAAAUUGUAGCAUGUGAUGGAAAAAGUAAAUAUUUAUAUUUUUAUGUAUUAUUAAGUUAUACCUUUUAUAUUAUUAUAAUUGGUUUAUUAAUUACAUUAUGUAUUUAUAAUCAGGUGUAAAUGACGAAAAUUCAAGGAAAUAAUGUUUGAACUAUGAAGGAGUUAUUAUAAAUUUAUACGCUCACAAAAUUUUGUUUAUGUACUUAUAAUUUAUACAAAAAUGUAUAAAGCAUUAUCAAUGUACUUAUAUAUUGUAUAUUAGAUAACCAUUUUAUAAUUAGAAGAAAUUAUUGAUGAAUUAAUUAAAUAUUGGUACAUUUAUAAACUCAUUUAGUACUGAUAAUAAAUUUUUAGAAAUGAUUAAUUAACCUUCCUAUUUGUAUUAAUUAAUUAAAAUCUUGAAUUAUAAUUUUCAAUAAAUAAUAAAUUAGAUCAAGUUGGUGUUUUAUAUUGGCAACCUGAGUUAUUUUAUAUUAUUUAAAAGUAUAGAUAAAUAUUUUACCAAAUUAAUAUUUGUAUAAUCACUUUAAAUAUAUAUAAUAAAAUGUUAACUUAUAUUAUUUAAAAGUAUAGAUAAAUAUUUUACCAAAAUACUGUUUGUAAAUCA